GCUGCCCACGCUGCCCGCGCCGCAGCCGCUGCACCUCCCGGCUGCCGAGUGGCAGAACAUCCAGCAGAGCGGCGUGCUCAGCGCCUCGCUGCAGCGGUCGCGCGCCGUGUGGGUGUCGGGCGUCAACUUCCGCACCUUCCACCGCAAGUACACGCUGCCCAAGAAGGUCGCCGAGCGCACCGAUGCCGACAAGGCCGGCAAGGCCCGCCAGCGCGAGAUCGAGAAGAACUUCCCGCAGAUCGGCACUCUCGACGCCCAGCUGGUCAUCGAGCCGCACACGUUCCCCAUCAAGCUGUACGCCCCCAAGGAGGGCAGCCGCCCCGCCCCGAAGAAGAUGCCGCCGCCGCAGCAGUACGGCGCCUGGCCCAGCCACAGCCAGCACGCCCCGCACCCGCAGUACCAGCCCUACAACCAGCCGUAUCCGCCCAAGCAGCCGCCGCAGUCGCGCCCGCCGCCGCCCAAGUCCGCCCCACCGCCCGCCCCCGGGCCCGCGUCGACGCCCGCCCCCGACCCGGUCAUCCACAUGCUCGCCGCGCGCGCCGGCACCGACCCCGAGCUCAAGGCCGUCAUGAAGAUCGUGGCCGCCGGCGCCGCGAGCAAGGCCCAGCUCGAGUUCUUCCAGACCCACAUCAACGAGCUGACCGAGAUCCUGGAGAAGAACAAAAAGGCAAAGGCCCCGAUGCCGCUGCCUGCUGCUCCGUCCAAGCAGCCGUCGAUGCCUGUGUCUGUGCAGUCUGCGUCUCCAGCGCCGAAACAGUCCUCGACCCCCGCGCCGCCGAAACAGUCCUCGACUCCAGCACCACCGAAGCAGUCCUCGACUCCAGCGCCGAAACCCUCGACUCCAGCUGCUCCCAAGCAGGAAUCGGCGUCUCCAGCGCCAGCGAAACAGCCUGCAGUCGCGGCCUCGCCGGCUCCUGCUCCACUGAGGCAAGCGCCGACACCUACACCUCCACGACCCGCGCCGCCUGUUCAGCAGCAGCCUCCAGCACCCGCGCCGAAGCCCUUCAGUCCGGCGCCGCCUCAGACACAGCAGCGACCGCCUCCUCCUCAACCACGGCCACACCCUCCGAACGCAUAUCCCGUCAAGAACUACCAGCCGCCGUACUACCAGCAGCCUCCCCCGCACUACGCCCAACAGCCACCCCCGCGGAUAACCUAUCGCCCACUCACGUUCGAGUUUGUCGAAGGAAACGGCGACCGCUUCUACUUCCCCUCAUACAGCUUCAUGGAGUGGCUACCGAACGGCUCCGGCGCCAAGUUCAGCUUCCUGGUCACCAAGCUCAAGCCGAAGCCCGACGUUGCAGACAAGGCGCCAUCAACACCAGCGCCGCCACCAACGCCCACUCCAGCUGCACCCGCCACCGACGCACCCUUCCCGCCCGCACCACCCGGCUCGACCGCCGCGCCCGCGCCACCGCCUGCACCGGCGUACGUAGCUCCGCCGCGCAUCGAAGACUUCGACGAGCGCAACGACAUGAAAGACGUCGACUUCUACCAGCCCGUCACCGUCCUCGUCCUCACCGACGAGCACGAAGUCAAGAGCGCCCUGCCGCGCGCCAUCCGCCCGCCGAGCGUCGUCGAGAAGUACAUGGAAGAAGUCUUCGACACGUGCCGGCGCGCAGAGGACACCUACCUCGCCUUCCGGCUGCCCAAGGGCGGUACGGAAGUCGAUGCAGCCACCAAAAGCGGCCAUGCGACGCCGAGCGCGGGAACACCGACCGCAGAUGUGGUAAUGGGUGGGGUGGGCGCUGGGGCGGAGAAGAGGAAGAGUGUUGCUGGGCGGCCGAGGAAGAGUCUGCCGGCGUAGUGGGUGUAAAUGACUUGUAUGAGUAUGAAUGAAGAAUGAGAUACCCAAGUACAUCACGUAUAUCUAUUAUAGUAUACCACACUGUUUUCUAUUGGUAGCAAGCAAUUUUCUGGAAUCAGCCUCG